AUGAUAGAGUCAGCUGUGUUGAAUAGGAGGCUGGCUAGAUGGAAGAUUUUACACUCUAAGUUUGAUAUAGUAUAUGUAAAUCAGAAGGCUGUCAAAGGGAGUGCGAUAGCAGACUUUUUGGCCAGUAGAGCUUUAAAAGACUAUGAACCUCUGGAUUUUGACUUCCCGAAUGAACACUUGAUGUGCAUGGCAACUGCUGAAGAGGGUUCUCAAAAAAAUCAUCCUUGGAAGCUAAAUUUUGAUGGAGCUUCAAAUGCCGUAGGAAAUGGGAUUGGGGCAGUUUUGGUGUCCCCAAAUGAAUAUCAUUAUCCUUUCACCAGUAAAUUAGAUUUGGAUUGCACAAAUAAUAUAGUAGAAUAUGAAGCCUGCAUCAUGGGCAUCCGUGCAACCAUAGAACGUAAAAUUAAGGUAUUAGAGGUAUAUGGGGACUCUAUAUUGGUAAUAUACCAACUCAAAGGUGAAUGGGAGACGAGAGACCCCAAAUUAAUCAGUUAUCGAAAGUUGGUCCUUGAAUUGAUUGAAGAGUUUGAUGACAUUACUUUUCUCUAUCUCCCACGAGAUGAGAACUAG